CUCUGCGCCGCUCUCUGCCUCCUCUUCGCCUCUCUGCUUGGCUUCCUCAUCCACUCCGCCGGAUCUCUGUCAUUUGGGCUUGCGUUUGUUUCCGCCGUUAGCGAGAAGAAGAAGAAGAUGAGUAUUUGGAACUACGUGGUUACCGCUCACAAACCCACCAAUGUUACCCAUUCUUGUGUCGGCAAUUUCACCAGCCCCCAAGACCUCAAUCUCAUCAUUGCGAAAUGCACCCGUGUUGAGAUUCAUUUGCUCACUCCUCAGGGCUUGCAGCCGAUGUUGGAUGUUCCUAUCUAUGGCCGAAUUGCAACACUAGAACUCUUCCGUUCUCAUGGUGAAGCACAAGAUUUCUUGUUCAUUGCAACUGAAAGAUACAAAUUCUGUGUUCUUCAAUGGGAUUCUGAAACUUCUGAGCUUGUUACCCGAGCAAUGGGGGAUGUUUCCGAUCGCAUAGGACGUGCUACAGAUAACGGUCAGAUUGGUAUUAUUGAUCCUGAUUGCAGACUCAUUGGACUCCACCUAUAUGAUGGAUUGUUUAAAGUUAUUCCUUUUGACAACAGAGGACAACUCAAAGAAGCAUUUAAUAUUAGGCUUGAGGAGCUCCAAGUUUUGGAUAUCAAAUUCCUUUAUGGUUGUUCAAAGCCAACAAUUGUGGUUCUUUACCAGGAUAACAAAGAUGCUCGUCAUGCUAAAACAUAUGAGGUUUCUCUGAAGGAUAAAGAUUUUGUUGAGGGUCCAUGGUCCCAGAACAACCUUGAUAAUGGGGCUGAUUUAUUGAUACCAGUUCCCCCACCUCUUUGUGGUGUACUUAUUAUUGGAGAAGAAACCAUAGUGUACUGCAGUGCUAAUGCUUUUAAGGCUAUCCCAAUCAGGCCUUCUAUCACUAAAGCCUAUGGACGGGUUGAUCCUGAUGGUUCUAGAUAUUUACUUGGUGACCAUACUGGGUUGCUUAGUUUACUUGUAAUAACCCAUGAGAAAGAGAAGGUCACAGGGCUAAAAAUUGAGCCUCUUGGAGAGACUUCUAUUGCAUCUACCAUAUCAUAUCUUGAUAAUGCAUUUGUGUAUAUUGGUUCAAGUUAUGGAGAUUCGCAGCUUAUAAAGCUGAAUCAACAGCCUGAUGCAAAAGGUUCAUAUGUAGAAGUUUUGGAGAGGUAUGUCAAUUUGGGGCCGAUCGUUGACUUCUGUGUGGUAGACCUUGAAAGACAAGGUCAAGGUCAGGUUGUGACUUGUUCUGGAGCUUACAAGGAUGGUUCUCUCCGUGUUGUUCGUAAUGGAAUAGGGAUUAAUGAACAGGCAUCAGUAGAACUUCAAGGUAUCAAAGGGAUGUGGUCUCUAAGAUCUUCAACAGAUGAUCUUUUCGACACUUUUUUGGUUGUGAGUUUUAUAAGUGAAACAAGGAUCUUAGCAAUGAAUCUUGAGGAUGAGUUGGAGGAAACUGAGAUCGAGGGAUUCUGUUCUCAAGUACAGUCAUUAUCUUGCCAUGAUGCAGUUCACAAUCAACUUGUACAAGUUACUUCAAGCUCGGUUCGGUUGGUCAGUUCCACAACUAGAGAACUGAGAAACGAAUGGCAUGCACCAUCAGGCUAUUCAAUUAACGUUGCAACUGCAAAUGCUACCCAGGUUUUAUUGGCCACAGGAGGUGGACAUUUAGUAUAUCUGGAAAUUGGAGAUGGAAUACUGCAGGAAAUAAAGCAUGCCCAACUGGAAUAUGAGAUCUCGUGCCUGGACAUAAACCCAAUAGGAGAAAACCCCAAUCACAGUAAUCUAGCAGCAGUAGGAAUGUGGACUGACAUUAGUGUUAGAAUAUUUUCUCUCCCUGACCUGAAUCUCAUUACAAAAGAGCCUUUAGGUGGAGAAAUCAUACCCCGAUCUGUUCUUCUUUGUGCUUUUGAAGGGAUAUCUUACUUGCUAUGUGCCCUUGGUGAUGGCCAUCUCUUAAACUUUCUGUUAAACACAAGUACUGGUGAGUUAACAGAUAGGAAGAAGGUAUCUCUUGGGACACAGCCCAUUACGCUACGAACUUUCUCGUCCAAGAAUACCACUCAUGUAUUUGCUGCAUCUGAUAGACCAACUGUGAUUUAUAGUAGUAACAAAAAGUUACUCUAUAGUAACGUGAAUCUGAAGGAAGUGAGCCACAUGUGCCCGUUUAAUUCUGCUGCUUUUCCAGACAGUCUUGCCAUUGCCAAAGAGGGAGAACUUACGAUCGGUACCAUUGACGACAUACAGAAACUUCACAUUCGCUCUAUCCCACUGGGAGAGCAUGCAAGGCGUAUCUGCCAUCAGGAGCAGUCCAGGACAUUUGCUAUUUGUAGUUUGAAAUACAACCCAAGUGCAGAAGAGCCUGAGACACACUUUGUGCGCUUGCUUGAUGACCAGACUUUUGAGUUCAUAUCAACUUAUCCGCUUGAUACUUACGAAUAUGGUUGCUUCAUAAUUAGCUGCUCCUUCUCAGAUGAUAGUAAUGUAUAUUACUGUGUUGGAACUGCAUAUGUAUUGCCAGAGGAAAAUGAACCGAGCAAGGGAAGGAUUCUUGUUUUUGCUGUUGAGGAUGGAAAGCUCCAGCUUAUUGCUGAGAAGGAGACAAAAGGAGCUGUUUACUGCCUGAAUGCAUUUAACGGUAAACUGCUUGCUGCUAUUAAUCAAAAAAUUCAGCUUUACAAGUGGGUGCUCCGGGAUGAUGGUACCCAUGAAUUACAGUCGGAGUGUGGACAUCAUGGACACAUCUUAGCUCUAUAUGUUCAAACUAGGGGAGAUUUCAUUGUAGUUGGUGACUUAAUGAAGUCAAUUUCCUUGUUAAUAUAUAAGCAUGAAGAAGGUGCUAUUGAGGAAAGAGCACGUGAUUAUAAUGCAAAUUGGAUGUCUGCUGUUGAAAUCCUUGAUGAUGACAUAUACCUUGGUGCUGAAAAUAGUUUCAACCUCUUUACUGUCCGGAAAAAUAGUGAAGGUGCCACCGAUGAGGAACGAGGUCGUCUUGAAGUAGUUGGUGAGUAUCACCUUGGAGAAUUUAUCAAUCGGUUUCGCCACGGUUCCCUUGUUAUGCGGUUGCCUGAUUCUGAGGUGGGCCAAAUUCCCACUGUGAUAUUUGGCACCAUCAAUGGCGUGAUCGGGGUGAUAGCUUCCCUCCCUCAUGAUCAGUAUGUGUUCUUGGAGAAGCUUCAGUCAAGCUUGAGGAAGGUAAUAAAGGGUGUUGGAGGGCUCAGUCAUGAGCAAUGGAGGUCAUUUAGCAAUGACAAGAAAACUGUGGAAGCCAGGAAUUUUUUGGAUGGGGAUUUAAUUGAAUCGUUUCUUGAUCUCAACCGGAAUAAGAUGGAUGAAGUUUCUCAGGCAGUGGGUGUUUCUGUAGAAGAGUUGUGCAAAAGAGUGGAGGAGUUGACUAGGUUGCACUGAACCUAGUUUAGAUGAUAUAUGUUUGUUCAUUCUUUUUCUCUCUAGUGCUGUCUGUAACAUUUUGCUUUUAAGUAGGGAUUACAUGUUGCUUGAUACCUGUUAUUUCCCGUCAUUCGCAUUGACGUUUGCUGGGACUAGCGUAUAGUAUGUAACAUGAGGUCUGUUUCGUUGACGGAGUUUGAAAAAAAAAAUGAUUAUGCUAGUAUUCUACGGCUGAAAAGUUUCUAUUUGAAAACCAGAGACAUAAAAUGCCUCAAAAUGGCGCAUAUAGGUGAAUCAUAGAUAUAUAUGUUCUCGCAUCAGCCGAAAGCGCUGCAAAUUGGACGGUUCGACUAAGACCGGUGCGGCUCGGGCGGUCAAACUGUUAGAUUGGUCGAUGUGUAACUUGUAAGAUACUAAAGAAAAGCUUGAAACUUUAAAUACGCAAGCUGCAGCGAAUGAAUCUCGAACCAAGCUAAUGUGUGUGUGUGUAGUGUGUGUGUUUUGUUUUAAUUAUACUUUAAUUAUUAUUUAAUAAUAUUAUACUAUAUUUAUUUAA